AGAUGUGUUUGUUCUGUGUUUUGGUCAUUGAUUUAAAAACCUUACCUUGAUCGCAUUGUUAUUUCUAGUAGUAUCCUCUUAAGGAUGAAACCCAAAGUCUUUAUUAGAACACAAAAGCUUUCUGUAUCUCUCACUGCACUGGAUGAGGAUGCACAAACUUUCUCGGCAAUGUUCAUUUUCUUAGUUCAUAGAUCUGAAUUGAUAACAAUUUCACGGCUUCAUAGUCCUUGCUAGUCCCCAAUUAACUAUGGCCAUCAACGGAAUUUCCAGUAUAGCACUUGUCGGUGUGUUGGAAGAAACAUUGCAGUGAAAAGAUUUCAUCUUUAGUGACAGUCACUGGUUUCCUUGAACAGCCUUGUGGUGAGUUGGGUCUUUCUUGAAUGUACCCAAAUGAAAUCAGGCCAUGAGCAUGGUGGAGUUGAUACUGCUCAAACAAAGAUCUUACUAACAUCUUUCUCAGCUAUGGUGGCUGAGACCACGACUUUCCCCAUAGACUUGAUCAAAACAAGACUCCAACUGCAUGGCGAAUCACUUUCAUCGAGUCGUCCCACCAGGGCAUAUCGAGUAGGUUUGGGCAUUGUUCGUGAACAAGGUGUUGUUGGCCUUUACAGUGGCCUGUCUCCAGCAAUUAUUAGACACCUGUUCUACACGCCUAUUCGAAUUGUUGGGUACGAGCACCUGAGAAGUGUGGUUUCUGCUGAUAAUGGUUCAUUCUCUAUUGUUGGCAAGGCUGUAGUCGGUGGAACCUCUGGUGUCAUGGCUCAGAUUAUAGCCAGCCCUGCCGAUCUUGUCAAGGUGAGGAUGCAAGCUGAUGGGCACAGGGUGAACCAAGGUCUUCAACCUCGGUAUUCGGGGCCAUUUGAUGCUCUGAACAAAAUUGUUCGAGCUGAAGGAUUUCGAGGACUGUGGAAGGGUGUUUUUCCUAAUAUCCAAAGAGCCUUCCUAGUGAACAUGGGAGAACUUGCCUGUUAUGACCAUGCUAAACAAUUUGUAAUUAGAAGUAGGAUAGCCGACGAUAAUGUUUAUGCCCACACAUUAGCUUCCAUCGUGUCAGGUUUAGCUGCAACUUCUUUAAGUUGUCCAGCUGAUGUUGUGAAGACUAGAAUGAUGAAUCAAGCAGCCAAAAAGGAAGGGAAAUAUUUAUAUAAUAGCUCUUAUGAUUGCUUGGUAAAGACAGUAAAAGUUGAAGGAAUAAGAGCAUUGUGGAAAGGAUUUUUCCCCACUUGGGCAAGGCUUGGCCCAUGGCAAUUUGUGUUCUGGGUUACCUACGAGAAGUUUAGAAAAUUUGCAGGUCUCUCUUCUUUCUAAUAUGGUAUUUUGAUUUAUAGUGGCAUUCAUUCAUACAUAAUAAAUUCACUAGUCACAGCCUACAGGGUACUAACACUCAGAUCUCCAUCUUUCCAACAUUUAGCUUGGUAUAUAAUUUUUUGGGAUAAAUUACAAACUUCUGUUUUAAGAGAGGACUAAAUUAUACUACCUAUGUGUUAUACUGCUUC